UCCUCCCUAGGCCUCCCCUCCGCAGCCACAUGCCAGUGCGCCUCCGACUUGCCAAUCAUCGCCCACGCCGAUCUGGACCCACCGUCUUUCCCAGCGUGCCAGGAUCCCUCCAGUUCGCUGCUUCUUGCAAAGCGGACCGGCUCGUCUCUGCCGCGCUUGCCUUGCAAAAACGAGCCGCACGCGGGGAGGACGGCGUGCGACUCCACCGGUAAACACGCUUGCUUGCUGCAGCUCGCGGUGUCUUACGGAGUUGUUUGCAGCGAGUCCCGCGCCCGUUGCCUCACAAGCCCUGAGAUUUGUGCGCUCGCGCGCGCGUAGGCUGAACCGCUCCGCACAGUUUCCCCCCGCUUUGGGAAAAAGGAAGAACAAACACUUAGGUUCCUUGCUUUUGUUGGUGCUGCCGUUGCUGUUUGCUCUAGAACGGGCGAGAGAAAACUUUUAAAGCUCUUGUGUUGGACAAGGCGCUCUCCCGGAGCUGAGUGACAAAUGGGCUUUUAAAGGGGCCAGUUGGAUUAGCUGAGAGACAGAGCAAACCAGACCUCAGGGAAGGAAAAGAGGCCGCCUCUCUUGACCUGUAUGGUGGAAGAGGAAGGACCGUUGCGGCUGCAUUACUUAGGACCUGCCGCUGCCGCCGGGUGGACUUGGAUGUGAGGAUGGAAAAGAAAAACAUGGAUCACUACCUACGCCGUCUCAAGCAGGAGUUGUUAUCCAUGAAGGAGGUUGGGGACGGGCUGCAUGAACAGAUGAACUGCAUGAUGGGUGCUCUGCAAGAGCUGAAACUCCUUCAAGUCCAGACAGCUUUGGAGCAGCUAGAGAUUUCAAGCCACCCCAGUCAGGUUUCAGGAGUUGGCCAGCAUCAGUAUCAUCUGAACAACCAACAGGUGCCAAGGGCUAGGUGUGAAGCCAGCAAGCAGAGUGGGAAGCUUCCAGGUGACACUUAUUCUGGCAGUUGCAGUUCUUCAGCAUUUUUGUGCUCAACUCCAGUCUCGCAACCCACCAGCCCGCAUUACCAUGCCACAUUGCCAGACAUCAGCCAUGGGCAUAUCACUUCAUCCCUUAAUAGCAUAAGCAGCGAGGACUACUAUCAUGCCAGUGGACCGCCAUCAACUGUGAGCACUGCAGAGUACCAUUCACCGAGGACAUACGAGUCAUCCAGCAAGCACAUGUCUAGAAGUUGGAUUUCCCAAGACACAAGCAGUUUUUUUGAGAGUAAAUCGGGAUGCAGAGAAUGUCAGUUCUCCAAUGAGUCUAAUGACUGGACUUCUUCACUAAUGUCUCAAAGCAGGAAUCGACAGCCUCUGAUCCUGGGUGACAACAUCUUUGCAGAUUUGGUUGGAAACUGGUUGGAUUUGCCUGAAAUAGACAAAAAAGCAGAGAGGAAUGAGACAUCCUUGUCAAGCAGCAAGUCCCAGGAGUUCUACAGAAAGUUCUCCCUCACGGCCAAUAUCUUCAAGAAGUUCUUAAGGAGUGUUCGGCCAGACCGAGACAGGUUGCUCAAGGAGAAGCCAUGUUGGCUGCCAACAGAAGACAAAGAAGCAGAAAUCUUAAAGAGGCCCAAAAAAGUAAAUAAACAGAAGGGGACCUUUUACUUCCCAGUCCAUGGGAACAUACCAAACUCUCAUGACAAAGCAGACAGGUGCCAAAAGAAGGAAACAAGCAAGGUCAAGGCCAAACAUUGUUCCAAGAAGAUGCACAACACAAUUGAACACACUCAGUCAGGAUUUGAUUUUAACACAGCUGUAUGGGUCUGAACGUCACACCUUGUUACCUCCUCAAUCAAAAUGGUUCCAUCCCAAAUCGGAGAUAAAUCAGUGUGAGAAAGGGAAAAGAGAGAUCUAGCAGACCUGUGAGGAAAGAGAAUAGGAGGUCCUCUCCAUAAAAUAUGCAUUGACACAAAUCACUUGCACAACUACAGCUUGUACACCUAAAGAGUGUCGGAUUUGGAGAUGCGGAAGCUCUUCAAAGCCAGUGCUCAAGAAGCCCUUCACAGUUUGGGGGCCAGAGGACAGUCUUAAUCAGGCCUGGUCCUCUGUCCUUCCAUUUAUAUUGGCUUCAUGUUUGCCAAACCCAUUCAGUUCCUCUCUAAUUCAGGUAGUGACAGAAUGUUAGAUCUGUUUGUGUGUGUGUGUAUUAUUUUUUAACUCUUGUGUGCACUAAAUCCUGGAUUAUGCACCGGGCAAAUGAAUAAGCACUUGAUAGCUAAAUUAAAAGUGAAACAUGAAUUCAUGAGAAUAGAAAGAAUGUGGAAAUUGAACAAUGGUUGAGUGAAGCUGGUUCAGCCAAUCCCAUGGCAUUUUAAACUUUUUUUUUUUACCUCCAAAGCAUUUUUUCAGGUUCACCCAUCAUGAUCUGUACAGUACUGGAAUGCAUCUAAGAAGUGUUAUAUAGUAAGUAGUAGCCAACCUAUCACUGCAACUUUAGGAUUAGCAAAAGUCCUUCACCUCUUCAUCUUGCCCUCAGAGCCUUAAACUCUGGAUGCCACACUGAGGUCCCAAGUUGAAAUAGACCUUUCCCUGGUUUAGUCCAGUUUGCUUUUCUUAACCAUGUAUAAAUUUUGUCUUGUGAGUUCUCCAAUGGUCCAGCUCUCCAAGAAUUUAUUAAAUAAAGCAAUGUUCUUCUCUCCACAUGUGCUUUGGUGGGAUGUUUGGACAUUCUGCACUGUGAUGCAAACUAUGCCAACUAUUUGGACAUGGUGAUAAAUUCAAGGAAUUUCCCAAAAUGCAGUAUCAUCACCACCACAUAUACAUCCUUGCAAAUAAAUGCAUGAAAGAACAGGACAUCACUGUUGUGUAUCUGUUGAGUAUUUGUGAACUAAACCUGUAAGCCAGAGCAGUCCCUGUGGGCAUGCAAGUUCCUCCAUGUGCAGUUAGAGCAUCUUGGGAUUGUUCUUUGUUACUACAGGUCCUCGUGCUUCCUCAGUUUUCAGGAACGCUUUCUCAUACUGCAGCGGUUAGGGGAGUGGCUUUCAAAGGAGAAGCCAUGCUCUGCAUCCAGGGCUCACCGUGUGAUGCUUUGAAUUCUGGCCUAUGAAAGAAGUGUUGCCCCCAACUACAGGGCAGGGUUUGGAAAAUGUAACAUAACAUAUUUCUGUGCAACGCUAAAGUAUUCCCCGCACAAGGACAGUUAACCUAACCUCUGUACAAAUACUGUACUGAGGUGUUUGAGCCUUUUUGGAGCGAGUUUUGUUAGCAUGGUGACCAAAUACUGUAAUAUGUUUCAAGCUCGAUCCAUGUUUCAAAAGUUUUCUAGGAGGCUUGACAAUUGCAGUCUUGUCAAAGGCUAGAGCAACAGUUAAGAACUUCCUUCAGCCCAAGGGCUGCAUUCAAUUUUGGAGGAGCUCUUGGAGCCUCUAUUCCAGUUAGCAGGCAGGUUCAGAAUACCCCAAAUGCCAGACUAUUUUAACAUUAAGUCACCCACUAGGCCUUAGGAGACACAGUUUGCCCUUUUAGAAUGGGGAAGAUACACUAAAGCUGUGUGAAAAAGGCGGAAGCCACUUAACAACAUGGCUGAAAUGGGCAUGGCCACACAGAGACAUCUGGAGAGCCAGAUUUGGACCACCAGAUGUACAGCUUUAGACGAUAGACUUGAAUUUCAACACCUCAUCCUAAAGACAAGUCCUUGCAAAAUGAGUUAUCAUGUUAGGAAAAGCAACUGAUGGAAGUGUUGCCACAUGAAGAAUCAAUGUAGAAAUAAUCCCUGAAGUGGCAUUCAGACUCAGUAAUAUCCAUGUUUCAGAUCUGUUAACUAGCUUUUAUUCCAUGCCAUGAUCCAGAGCUGUUUGCUAACUUUGGCCCAUUACUCUCUUGUGUACAUGGAGCCUCCUCUUCCUUUCAAUGGAUGGAGCAAUUCUGUCCUGGCAAUGGGAUGCUCACUUGGUUUUGCUAAAUCUUAAAGCUGUUUAUUUAAGAUUGCAACUGGGAUACUUUGAUUCACAUACCCUGAGAUUUUGUACCAAAACUUGUAACAUCUUCAGUACGGUCCUUUAAAAGUUGUUUUUCACUAACAGCAGAACUGUGCUAUUUUUUCAUUACUUUUCAGUGAUGCUAAGCCAUGGGAGGAAUUGAAAAAUAAAUAAUGUCAGUGCUGUCUAAUAAAGUCAUGUUGCUAUUUCAGCUCUCUAAGACAAACAGACAAGUUAGAAGUGCCAUCAUAAGACUAAAUCUGAGUUUUUCUCCUCCUGUAAUGGAAUU